AUGCCUACAAAAGGGCACGUCAGUACGAGUGGUCACGGCAUUGAACCACCAGUAGCCCAUGCACCACCUCCAGCAGCCCAUGCGCCGCCUCCGGCAGAGCACCCAAUCGCAGCACCCACACCGAAACCACCAAUUCCACCACCAAACGGGCCAGGAUUCGUGUUUCCUCCUGAAGGGCACGACGCCCCUGCGCCAGGAGAGCUUUUCUGGGGAGGAGGAGGAAGAAGAGAUCCUCUAGCGAACGAACGUCCGACGGGAAGGACACCACCUCCAAGUUCGGUUUUCGGGAACUUACAACCACACUCGGGCGGCCCAGGCCAAGCAGGCUACCCUUUCUUCGGGUCGGGACUAGCAGACGUGCCGGGGGUAAAACUAACCCCGGCACAGAAGGCGAUGCUUGCUCGACCACCUCCAGCUCUAGGGACGGGACCAGCUGUUGAACCGCCUGGAGGUCACCCCGAGAUCCGAGGGCCAGCAGGCGACUUUCACGGGGCGCCGACGCGCUCCUUCAAUCCAGAAGAGCCUUUACAGCCUCCCGUGCACAAUCAAUUUGAUACCUUAAGGGAUGAGGAUGGGAGAGACAGCGUCAACAAUGCUCUAAGGCACGCUUCCGGUCCACUUCAAGUAGGGUCGAGCGGAUUCGGCGCGUCCACUGGACAGUUGCCAAUCAGAACGACCGACGGGUUUCAUACGUCUGUGGAUCCUCGGGGAGAACAUGCGACAUUCGAGGUCGAUCCGAACAUAAAUCCAGAUGGCACAACUCACUUAUAUCCAGGAGGGGCAAGCAGUUCCGUUGCGCCACGUCUACCCGGGGAGACCGGUAACCGACCACUUCAUGAUUUCCCUAACCAGCAAGGCGCACCGCCACCCGUGGUACCAGGGCUUCCCCAUCCAUUUCCUCUGCAACAGGUUCAAGAGACGAACCCGACAGGGAGAGGGUCGUUCUAUCCGGAUCCCGACCUGGCGGCGGCGGCGGCUGCAGGUCCAGGAGGCGCAGAUCCGGGAGAUGCAGGUGCAGGGGGUCCAGGGGGUGCAGGAACACAGUAG